AUGUUCCAUACAGCAUCUUUAGAUAAAUUCGAGACGAUCUUAAAUAUAAGAUCUGACUAGGAUUGUCGGUUUUAGAGAACAAGAAUGGCAAAAGCUGUAAGUUUGCAGGUAACCGACACGUCGAGCAACAGCUGCAGGAUGCCUAUUGUUAUCGUCGUACAAGAAAACAGGUUCUGACAUAAACGAAAAGAGAAUGGCGAUGUUGCAUACUAUAUUAUAAAUUUUAUAACAGUUUCUACGAUGUUUGGUUCUUUUGUGCACUGCACUAGCCGUGGAAAAGAUUAAAUUUAAGAUUCAUAAGAAUCGGUUCAUAAGAAAAGAGAAAUGAAUUUACAAGAACACGAUAUCACAGAUCGAUAUGAAUAAAAUAAACAUCUGCUGUCUCCUGGUUUAAGAUCCUGCCUGACAAGUCGCGAUGUCAAAAAAACGACCGUUCAGGUUCAGGUUCCGUGAAACGGUUUUGCAAAUAAAAUUCUUACAUCGUUCCGUUCUAUCAUUUCAAAUUUAAACGAAAUUAAUAUCCGCACGAAAUUGAAAAUGGCACGUAAUAAUGUCGCCGACAGGUCUAAAUUUUGCAAAGCUUGCUGCAAACCACGUCGUCACAUUUGCCCACGAGCUCUCGCGAGAUCACAGUCAAGAACUCUACAGAGACACGCAAGGAACGACAAUUUCGUUCUUAUUAGUGCGAGAUACAUCACCGAGUUUUAUCGUUGGACGAACGAGUACCUGUUCACGGAUGAUUUCUUAAGAUCGAUCGUCGCAUCAGCGAUUUUAUUUGCAAUCGGACUAAAGCUCACCGGGGAAUUGAACGCAUGGAGCCUAUCGAGAAUCGUUGUUCGAUAG